UUUGUUGUGAAGUGAUUCGACCGGCCUUCGUUGAUUUUGAUUUAGUCAAUUUGAUUUCAAAAAGAUAAUUUACAAAUUAUAAAUUUAUAUAAAACUCGUGUGAUAGAAAUAAUCACUAUGACAACAAACCCUCGUAGGGGCACGGAACCUGUGCCAAUGGAAGAGAGCGACCAGCUUACUAUUAGACCUUUAGGUGCUGGACAGGAAGUAGGUAGAUCAUGUAUCAUGCUAGAAUUCAAAGGAAAAAAGAUUAUGCUGGAUUGUGGAAUUCAUCCAGGAUUAUCUGGGAUGGAUGCUCUGCCAUUUGUGGACUUGAUAGAAGCAGAUGAAGUAGAUUUGCUUUUGAUAUCACAUUUCCACUUAGAUCACAGUGGUGCUUUGCCCUGGUUCCUCACUAAGACGUCGUUUAAGGGUCGUGUGUUUAUGACACAUGCUACAAAAGCUAUCUACAGGUGGCUAGUUUCAGAUUACAUUAAAGUUAGUAAUAUUUCAACAGAGCAAAUGUUGUACACAGAGUCUGAUUUAGAAGGCUCUAUGGAUCGUAUUGAAACAAUAAAUUUUCAUGAAGAGAAGGAUGUUAGAGGGGUACGCUUCUGGGCUUAUAAUGCGGGUCAUGUGCUUGGAGCAGCCAUGUUCAUGAUUGAAAUUGCUGGUGUGAAGAUACUGUACACGGGGGAUUUCUCGAGGCAAGAGGAUCGUCAUUUGAUGGCUGCUGAAAUUCCAACAGUACAUCCUGAUGUUCUAAUAACAGAGUCUACAUACGGUACUCACAUCCAUGAGAAGCGUGAGGAACGCGAGAGCAGGUUCACAGGGCUAGUGAGCGAGAUAGUGUCACGCGGCGGCCGUUGCCUCAUACCCGUGUUCGCGCUCGGACGCGCGCAGGAGCUGCUGCUCAUACUCGAUGAGUACUGGUCGCUACACCCGGAGCUGCAAGACAUCCCCAUAUACUACGCGUCGUCGCUUGCCAAGAAGUGCAUGGCGGUCUACCAGACAUACGUCAACGCCAUGAACGACCGCAUCCGCAGGCAGAUCGCCAUCAAUAACCCUUUCGUUUUCCGGCACAUAUCCAACUUGAAGGGCAUUGAUCAUUUCGAGGACAUCGGGCCGUGCGUUAUAAUGGCGUCACCGGGCAUGAUGCAGUCUGGUUUGUCUCGUGAACUGUUCGAGUCGUGGUGCACCGAUCCAAAGAAUGGAGUUAUUAUCGCCGGUUACUGCGUGGAGGGUACGCUCGCUAAGACGAUCCUCUCUGAGCCGGAGGAGAUCACGUCCAUGUCUGGUCAGAAGCUGCCGCUCAAGAUGUCUGUAGAUUACAUCUCGUUCUCAGCGCACACAGACUACCAACAGACGUCCGAGUUUAUUAACAUACUCAAACCGCCGCAUGUGGUAUUAGUGCACGGUGAGCAAAACGAGAUGUCCCGUCUGAAGGCGGCCCUGCAGCGCGAGCACCGAUCGCGCCUGCACAUACACACGCCGCGCAACACGCAACAGCUCGCGCUCACGUUCCGCGGCGACAAGACCGCCAAGGUAAUGGGGUCUCUGGCGGUGGAGGGUCCUCAGCCGGGCAAACAAUUACAGGGCAUACUCGUCAAGAGGAACUUCAACUAUCACAUACUGGCUCCUCAGGACCUGAACAAGUAUACGGAGUUGAGUCAGUCGGAAGUGACGCAACGUCUGUCGAUACACUACAGCGGGUCGGUACCUCUACUGCGGCACGUGCUCAUGCAGCUCGCGGGGACCAUAGAGUUCCUCAGCGAUUCUCGCUGGCGGCUCUAUGGCUGCGUCGAACUCACUCUCGAACGAGAAACCAUCACACUAGAGUGGCAAGCGUCUCCCGUGUCGGACAUGUACGCGGACGCGGCGGUGGCGUGCAUGCUCGCCGCCGCACAACUGCCCGCGCAGCAACACCUCCCACUCGCACCCAAACUGGACCGCAUGCACUACAAGGAGUGUGUGAUAGAGAUGCUUCAAGAGAUGUUCGGUGAGGAGGCGGUGCCGAAGAUGUUCAAGGGUGAUCGGUUACACGUUACAGUGGGCGGCAAGCGAGCAGAUAUAGAUCUCACCACCAUGGAGGUGAAGUGUGAAGCUGACGAGGGUCUGGAGCGAGUGGUUCAAGCUGCGCUGAGGAGAUUACAUCAAGCUCUCGCGCCCGUCAAACUACAACACGUCCACACCAACACUGUCGACGAGUAACCACCGUCACGUCUGCAACGGCUUCCUUCAAACACGACAUGGAUUGUGCGCAAGUGUUCGUGCUCAUCACUUCACCUUGUCGUUUCAACAUUAUUUCUAUUAAGAAUUUUCUGAGAUGCAGUAUUUUUAAUAAUUUAUCACUAUAAGAGCCUAACAGGGUUGGCAUGACUGUGACAGACAAAAUCUUAAUUUACUUGCGGUGGAAAAUUCAUUAUGGAAGCGGAUUUAGUUUUCAUAUUAUUAUGAGAAUUAUAAAUAAAAAUACAGUGUUCAAUAUUCAUUCAAUAAAUUUACUGAAAUAAAGAAUAUUAUGUACAUAUUUUAUAUGAUAUAAUAUAAUUAAAAAGUACAGAUUGUGUAUGGGCGAUUUGUUUGCAAAAAAUACCUGUGAAUUAAUUUAAGCUCAAAAGUGUACACGAAAAUAAGUAAGUGAGCGAUAAGACUGUUAAUGUUGUAAUAUAAUUUGUAAUUU